CCGGAGUCUGCGCACUAGGGCACUCAGCGGUACCGCCUGCAGUUCCCGGGCUGGAAUUGGCUGCUUGCUUGCAGGUUCUGUGCUCUUCGCCUUCGUCCUGCACAACAUUAUGGGGCUGGCGCCGCGCACCCUGGAGCUGUUCUACGACGUUCUGUCCCCCUACUCCUGGCUGGGAUUUGAGGUCCUAUGCAGGUACCAGCACCUCUGGAAUGUCAAGCUGCAGUUGCGUCCCACGCUCAUCGCUGGGGUCAUGAAUGACAGCGGAAACAAACCGCCAGCUAUGGUUCCCAGGAAAGGCCAGUACAUGAACAAAGAGUUUCCUCUCCUGGGACAACACUUCCAGGUUCCCAUCAGUGUGCCCAAGGAUUUCUUCGGUGUGAUUCUUAAAAAAGGAACUUUAAAUGCCAUGCGCUUCCUCACCGCUGUGAGCAUGGAACAACCAGAGAUGCUGGAGAACGUGUCGAGAGAGUUAUGGAUGCGCAUUUGGUCUCGAGCCUUUGGGCUGCCUUUCACUGUUGCCCACGUGGAUGGUAAAACACACAUGUUCUUUGGCUCUGACCGCAUGGAGUUGCUAGCCUACCUGCUGGGAGAGAAGUGGAUGGGCCCUGUGCCCCCAACCCAAGGUGCCAGACUUUAAACUUGCCUCAGGAAGUAAACUUCAUUUCUCUCUUUGACAAAGUUAUCUUCCCUGGCUGGCCCUAUAGGCAGAAGCAGGAUCCUGCCUUAUCUGUGUGUGCCUUUACUUCUGAGCCUCACAAGUGCCUUUUGGAAAUCCUUAGGUUCUGCAUUCAUAAAAUAAACCUGAUGCCACUAGACAAAAA